GGUCAACGCAGGCACGGACUGUGGUUUUCCAUUGAACGUUUAAGAUAGCGUAAUUGCUUGUGGAGGGGAGGUCAAGUUUACAGGUGACCAACACUGUGGUACCAUCAGUUUUGAGAAUGUGGAGGUUCGCUGGGCUAUUUUUUUGUUCUGUGAUAGUACUAGUACCAGUAAGGGGCGAGAAUGAGUUCGUACCGACGAACUACGAAAUACUAACUACACCCACGAUGGGUAGUUUUGGGGCGCAGGAGAGGUGCGGAGAGGGUGAAGGGAAAGGGCUCCUCCAUUGCGUCCCUUACCAUAGAUGUGACCCUGAAACGAAUACGACGAUACCAGAAGAACAAGAAGCACCGGAGAUAGAUUACAGUACUUUGAUCGACAUCAGGUUAGGCGAAGACAGCCCUUGCACCGAAAUUCUCCACGUCUGCUGCCCAAUCGGAAACCACGGAACCUCCCCCAUGCCCCCCACCCCAACCGGGCCAACCCCCCCCACACCAUCCCCAACCCCAACCCCCGCCCCACCCGAACCCACCCCCGACCACAAACCCCCCCCCAGCCGCCUAUCCCAAUGCGGAAUCCGCAACAUCAACGGCGUCGGCUUCAAAAUCACCGGCAACACCCACAACGAAGCCGAAUACGGCGAAUUCCCGUGGAUGGUCGCCAUCUUGAAAACCAACUACAACCCAUCAGUCGACCCGGUUCUGGCGGAGUGCGGCGGCUCCCUAAUCGCACCCAGAGUAGUCCUAACGGGAGCCCACUGCGUCGGAAAUUUUAGGUUCAACCCCGAAGACCUCAAGGUUCGCGCCGGCGAGUGGGAAACCCAGAGCCAAAACGAGCGCUACCCCUACCAGGAACGCAACGUCAAAGAAAUAAUCAUCCACGAAAAAUUCGACGACAAGCAUCUGUUCAACGACGUGGCGCUCCUGGUUUUGGAAAAGCCGUUUUCUAAGGCUAGACACAUCGGGACGGUUUGUCUGCCGGAACAGGAUGAAGAGGUUGUAUCGAAGGAGUGCUAUGCGACUGGGUGGGGGAAGGAUUUGUUCGGGCGCGAGGGUCAGUUUCAGGUGAUCCUCAAAAAGAUUGAUUUGCCUAUAGUGCCUAGGAAGGAGUGUGAAGCGGCUCUUAGGGACACAAGACUUGGACAUAACUUCGAGUUGGACGCUAGCUUCGUCUGCGCUGGGGGCGUUCCUGGAAAAGACACCUGCACGGGUGACGGUGGAAGUCCCCUUGUGUGUCCAGACCCGAAAAACCCAGGUCGGUAUGUGCAAGUUGGAAUCGUGGCUUGGGGAAUUGGUUGUGGGACCGAGGUCCCAGGAGUUUACGCUGACGUUGCGAAAUUUAGAAAUUGGGUGGACCAGACCAUGCAAAGACUGAACCUUAGCAAUAAGCCAUACGUUGCUUAAAUUUCUAUAUUGUUUAGCAAUCCUUGAUCUCUGACUUAAGUCUGUACACAUAAUAAAGUUUUGAUAUGAUUGUGGUA